CCCGGAAGUGUGCCUGCGUUUGAUUUGAGCUGCUCCCUCCUCGCCAUUCAGUGGCGCGUACUCCAGUGUAGCAGCAGCAGCAGCAUAACGUAGACUAUGGCAGAGCAGGAUCCCACCCCGGAGCAGCUGGCGGCCAUCGCAGCGGCCAACGAGGAAGCGGAGGGCGGGGUCAACUACAAGCCCCCCGCUCAGAAGAGUCUGCAGGAGAUCCAGGAGCUGGACAAGGACGACGAGAGCCUGCGCAAGUACAAGGAGGCCCUGCUGGGGAACGCCGCCGCGGCUGCAGUAGACCCCAACGCUCCCAAUGUCCAGGUGACACGCUUGACCCUGAUGUGUGAGACGGCGCCGCUGCCCCUGACCCUUGACCUACAGGGAGACCUGGAGUCCUUUAAGAAACAGUCCUUUGUCCUGAAGGAAGGCGUGGAGUACAAGAUAAAGAUCAGCUUCAAGGUCAACAAGGAGAUUGUGUCGGGACUGAAGUAUGCCCAGCAGACCUACAGGAAAGGAGUCAAGGUUGACAAGUCAGACUACAUGGUGGGGAGCUACGGGCCGCGGCCGGCAGAGUAUGAGUUCCUGACUCCUCUGGAGGAGGCCCCUAAAGGCAUGCUGGCCCGCGGCACCUACAACAUCAAGUCCAAGUUCACUGAUGACGAUAAGCACGACCACCUCUCCUGGGAGUGGAACCUUAACAUCAAGAAAGAGUGGAAAGACUGAGUCCCAGUCAACUUAAUUCUUCCCCCUCUUCUUAUUCCCCCUCCAUUAUUUUGAAUUCAUAAUAAUGUGAUAAGUAAUUAAGGCAAAUUUUUCUCUCGUCCACCCCAAUCCCUGCAGUAGUUUCAUUCCAAUCACGUUGUCAUGCCAUUCACCCCCCCCACACACACUCCUUGUGAUGCUGAGUAUUGAAUAUGUGGAGAAAGCAAAUCAUGUGCACAAUCAUGAAUUUGUUUUGGUUAGCUUGUAUAUAAACUUUUUUUUUUAAUGAAA